AUGGGCACCACUUCUAAGAAUUUCAAGAUCAAAAAUAAGGAUGUGCGAACACAGAUAAAUCUCAAGCACAAAAAGGAGAAAUCGAAACUCAAGCGUGAGGAACGUAAAGAGAGAAGAGAAAAAGGUUUGCCAAAACAGGUACCAGAUACCAUCGAUGGUAAAAGAGAGUAUGAUGAAACCAUUAAGAACCCUGAAGAUUCUGAUUCUAGUGUUGAUAAUUCUGACUCUGAAGAUGAAAAGGAAAAUGAAAAGCAGGAUGAUGACGACCAACAAGGAGACUUUUCUAGCUAUUUCAAAGACGGAAAAGAUCCUAAGAUACUAAUAACCACAUCUGCCAAUUGUACCAGACAUGCCUACAAUUUUGUUGAUUGUUUUGGGGAACUAUUCGAAGAUAUUAAGUUCAUUAAGCGGAAAAGAAACUAUUCGAUGAAUGAUAUGGCAAGAUUGAGUUCUAAUAGAGGCUACACUCAUUUGGUGGUGGUAAACGAAGACAAGAAAACCAUCAAUGGGAUCACUUUUAUCGCCUUGCCAGAGGGGCCAACCUACUAUUUCUCAGUGUCUUCCUAUAUUGAGGGUAAAAAAAUUCCAGGCCACGGUAAAGCUACAUCACAUAUUCCUGAACUUGUGCUCAAUAAUUUCAAAACUUCUUUGGGUGCUUCUGUUGGUAACUUGUUUAAAUCAUUAUUCCCACACAAACCAGAUAUCGAGGGUAGACAGGUGAUUACUAUUCAUAAUCAGAGAGAUUUCAUGUUCUUCAGAAGACAUCGUUAUGUGUUUAGAAAUGAGGAGAAAGUCGGAUUGCAGGAGUUGGGUCCUCAAUUCACUUUGAGAUUGAGAAGAGUACAAAGAGGUGUCAAAGGAGAAACUGAAUGGGAGCAUAAACCAAGCAUGGAUAAGCAAAAGAAGAAGUUUUAUCUUUAA